CGGGCACGAGGAUGUGACUUGAAGCCUUGUUGCGUCUCCCCUCGGCCCCUCGCUAGGCUGCUUUCCAUACGGGGGCGGGGUGGCGCUCUAGUCUGGCGCACAGCGCACCGUCACCGGCCGCCGCUCCGCCUGCACCGCCAGUCCCGUCCGAGCGCACGCACGCAACAUGGGUCUGGAGAAGGAAAACUUGGGCACCAGCAUAAUCAUGGACGAAGACGAGUUCAACAGAACCAUAGAGCCGAUUCUGUCCAAGAAGGGGAGAAGCGCGCACCCGGCGGAACCGGAUCGAGAUCCGUACGACAUGAACGCGCACCUGAAGGUCGGCUUCGAUGACGUCAUUGCGGAGCCCGUGUCCGCGCACAGCUUCGACAAGGUGUGGAUCGGGAGCCACGCCGCGUUCGAGCUGGUCAAAUAUCUCCUUUACCGCGUGCUGAGCACGCUGCUGGCCGUGCCCGUGGCUUUCAUCCUCGGACUGGUCUUCGGGGUGCUCAGCUGCAUCCACAUCUGGUUGGUGAUGCCAGUGAUCCAGAGCUUCUUGAUGCUGUUACCAUCCCUCCAGGUGGUGUGGAGGAGUCUGACGGACAUGUUCGUCACGCCGCUCUUCCGCAGCAUGGGGAGGAGCCUGACCUCUGUUCAGGUGACCACCACCGAGUGCUGAUCCCUCAGCAGAGUGGGACAACGCGAUUGGCCGAUGCUUGCAGUGGAAUACACGACCUCUUUACAAAGUUGAACGUAAAGUCCUGAAGAGUGCCGUGCUAAGUACUUGAGACUUUCACCCAGGAGACCGCCGAGUCCCGCGCGGAACCAAAAGUAAACGCAACAUUAAGCGCGAAAAUCCAGCUAGAGCAGAUUGUUACGGUUGUAGUGUCGUUAUUUCAACUAAACCAUUUUCUAACAUUCACAGAGUAGUUUUUGUUGCUUAAACCUUGCCAAUCAUUUCAGGAUAUUAAACCUGUGACAUUGUACCUUUCUGCUCAGAUGAAAUUCACGAAAAAGAUUUGGGUCAAGAAACAUAUCUCUUUGUUUGCAAAAACGCACAAUUACAACAUUGAUUUCUAUUGACUGGGUUGAAAUUACUACAAUGAUACAUACAUAAAACAGUUUUACGAAUUUGACCCAGUGUAGGAUACAAUUGAAUAUAUUUUUCUGUUGAGUGGGGACUCUAUGCUGUUUUAGGAACAGUAAACCCUAAAAGCAUACUCACAUAGACAACAAGCCUCGGUGUCAUUCCAUCUGCUGCUCAUCUCAACCUCAUACUGGCGGCCUGUAGAGUUUACCGAAGUAAGUCUUACUGAAACUAUUUGUGACUUUAGAAUAGUCACAAACACCAUAGAAAAUCCUUAUUUUGUGACCAAAGGAAAAAUUCUCACUUUUUUUACAUUUUGACCAGAGAGCCGUUGGAUCAGCAAACACACUGCUGACCCGCUGAGAGAUGUUCGAUUUCUGCUUUUUACUAUAUUGUGUAUAUAUUGCAAUUAAUUCAGCUAGAGGUAUAAUAUAUCGAGUCAGAGUCUGAGGAGAGUUUGUAUGUAUAAGAAACGCUAAGAUGCAGCUUGUUGCACAUUUCCAGGCUUAUUUUACCUUAAUCUGCUGAGUGGAUUCCACAGUUUAUUCUGUUUAUUCCGUAUUCAUUUCCUUUCACACGGUAAACUAUUCACAAAAGAGUUAUUUCAUCAUGCUUGAUAUUAUGCGAGGGGGGCUUUCUAACUUAUUAUUUUGCGACGACCAGUUCUGAACAUUUGCCGCGUGUGAUGAAGGAGUUCCACAUUCCGUGCCGUGGUUGGUUGGAGCCUUCGUCCAGCUGAGACCGGUACAUGUUUCAUUCAGAGACGAGUCAGUAGGCUGAGUUUAACAUUUCUACAGCCACAGGGGAUCAGACAGUAGGCUGGCACUUGAGUUUAAGGUACAAAGCCUGCACGGUUCACUUCUGCUGUACAAUUCUGAUGUUUAAAAGGAAAAAUCAAGAGAGGAAACGUGAGAGUUGUGGGGCGUUCUGUACUCAUGUGUCAUUUAUAAAUGCAAAGCCACCUCUCGUGUUGGAGGUUUUCUGUUAUCGUUUUUACUCCCAUGAAACAUCCGGCCACGCCCGUUUCAUAGAAGUUAGUUGCUAACAAUGCUAACGCUACAUGCGGUUGAUCGAAACUUUUUGGUGAACCAUUCAGUAAAAGUGCUGUUAAAACAAAUAAGAAGAACUAAAAAGCCCCCAAAAGACGCUCAGCCGAGCCAUCAUUUGGGGAGUUACGGCUUCGUUGCGCAAUAGUGUAAGACGCAGGUGUGUGCGUGGCAAACACGUAGCCCUGAUCAACCCCAGCUUCUCCAGUAGGGCAAAUAAAUCAUAAUGUGACACGUAUCCAUCUGUCUGUAAAACACUUUUAUCUGUCAGAAUCGUUAUCUUCUAUGAGGUCUUUGCUUUGUGGAUUAUACUCGUUUUGCAGCUUUCGCCACAAAUGUGUUCCUCAUGACCGAAAUAAAGAGUUUCCCUCGGGCUUCGUU